AACCAACUACGCCUAUUUUAUCAUAAUUUCCAGUUUUCAAUAUCCAAGUUGCGUAUUUCAUACUCAUCAGGCAGUCAGUUUCUUGUUCAUGUAACGAUCUGUGGAAUCAGAUAAGUUUGUUUCUAAUUUUUGCGAAUUUGUUCCUAAAGCUCGAGAGGUAAUCAAAUGGAAACCAUAAAGCUAUGUGUAUGACAGGAGUGGACUGGAGCAUGGAGGACAUCACUUCAAAGGCCAUACAAGAACACGUCGGGGAGAAGGACGGCAAAGAAGAGGAGUGUGAUGCAGACGCUUGGGAGAUGCUGAGUAAGUGUUUCCGAGAGGUCCAGACGGCUCUGGAUCAGAACCGAGCUCUGAUUCAACAGGUGAACGAGAAUCAACAGUCGAAGCUUCCAGAUAACCUCGCGAAGAACGCGGCUCUGAUUCGCGAGAUCAACCGAAAUGUCUCCAGAGUCGUUGGACUCUACUCCGAUCUCUCCGUGAAUUUCGCCGGCCUCGUUCACCAUCGCAGGGCGCUCUCCGCCGCGGCGACGGCGACGGCGAUGGUCAACAGAACCAAAAAUACUACCAAUGAUCAGGUGAAGAGUGCGGAUUCCGAUUGGUCAAAAUUCAGAUUGGUUUAUUGAAAAGCUGCGGGACUGCCAUUUUCCUCACUGACAUGAUUUUGAGCUCAACUGGUCAUGAAGUUUGAGAGAAGAAACCAGGGAUCGAGUCUCACCAACGAUAGUGUGGGAGCAACCUCUCAAAGUGAGGGGACUUCUUGUGUGCAGACAGCAAAUGUCUAGCCUCUGUGGUUCAGUUGGUGUCCCAGAUACUUUGUCGAGUUGGGAAUUUAACCUUUUAGGAGAAGAAUAAUUAAUUUUUUUGGUAUACAUUACAUUUUCACCAUACGUCAAAUUAAUUCUAAAUGUUCAAAAAUUUUAUCCAAGAAUCACGAAAAGAAAUAAAUUGUAGUCGUUAAAAUAGCCUCCAAA